AUGUCUCGUGCUAGCACCCCCCCUCCGGCCGAGCCAGCCAUCAAUCUCAAUGUCAUCGUUGAGAUGGCUUACUAUGAGCGUUCUCAGCCAGCAACCCGUGGAAAAGGGAAAGGCCAGCAGAAAAAGCUCCCUCCCAAAAUCAAAGACUUCGAAGCCAGCAUAACUCGGAGCAAGGGCAGCUGGCUUUCUUUCCUCAAAGAAAUCCUUCGCUGCCAUGACGAGACAAGGUUCCGUGUCUCAGCAAGAAGGCCAUAUGGGAUCAAGGUUUUGAUCCCACCGGAAAAGGCAAAGACAAAGGCUCGGGAUGUCGACAGUCUCAAAGAAUGGGAGAAGAUGAACCAGCGCCUCGAAGAGCACGAUGGUGGCGUGACACAGAUCACAGUCUAUGCGGAUAUGAAGGUGAUUGGCAACUCUUGCAAGCUACGCCGAAGAGGAGGGGAUGCAAGUGGUGAUUCGGACAAUGAAGAACGGCUCAGUGAGGAGGCUCCAUCGGAUGAUGAUGUGGCGUUAGGAGAUCUGACCGAACGUGAGAGAAUGACGCCUCACUGGAUGAAGAAAUUGGAGCGUAUGCAUGCGAACGGAGAAGGCGGGCUCACUUUCGUUCCAUCGAAGCGAAAGCUGCCAGGUGAACCUUACCGUCUGAGUGCUGCACAGAUCUCAAGGUGGAUCGACUUUUUGCAUGACGGAACAGCCACAAUUUAUGAACCUCCGAACGACGGUGACUUAUUCAGUCCACUGUUCCACGACACUAUUCUCCAUCCUGAGCGCCGUGCAGCUGCAGCAGCCGCUGCGGGAGUCCCCAGCCCUCUUUGA